AUGAAUUCAACAGAAUCAAUUUCAUCAAUAUCAUCAUCACAAGAUGAAACAAAUCCACUUGAAACAGGACCUAUUGGUGGUCUUGGAAUAUGGAAUAAUAUGUUAAAACUUGGAUUGGCAAUCGUGGUGGUGAUGACAUUGUUGAUCGUUUCCAUUGUUCUUGUUCGUAUAUUCAAACGAAGAGAUAAACGUGGAUCUCUAAAGGUAUCAUUCCGUUCAAAGGCUGAAAUCUAUUUGGCAUAUACUCAUGUUGGAGAGAUUAUCGAAUUUGCUCAGGUCAUGUUUAGCAUUGUUUCCGUCUGUCUCUUUAUCUAUGGAAAUUAUUUAGAUGAUCCUCCCUAUUGGUAUUUAGUAAUGAGAUAUGUAUUUUCAUUUUUCUCUUUGGUUGAUCUUAUUACUAUAUUACCAAUUUUAAUUGAUAUAUUAACUGGAAACUUUAAAAAUAUAUUAAAAACUUUUCAAUUUCUUCGUGUAUUACGUGUACUUCGAGUAUUAAGAUUAUCAAGAAUUCUUCAUAUUUUUAAAAAUGAGGUAACAAAAUAUACAUUUAAAGCUUUUAUUGUAGUAUUUACAUUUAUUAUGGUAUUGGCAGGAUUUUAUAUGAAUAUUGAAAAAAAACCUGGAGAUGGAUCAUCAUUAAAAUUUCAUGAGACUGUUUAUUUUUUGGUGGUAACAUUGGCAACUGUUGGUUAUGGUGAUAUUUAUCCAACAACUGCACUUGGUCAAGUUACUAUUACAGUUGCACUCAGUGUUGGUGCAGGUGUAUUAAUUCCCUAUCAUGUAUCAAAAUUAAUGGAAAAAUUACAACAAGAUUCUCCAUUUUUAAGAAAUUUAUCAUCAACAAGUGUAACAGGACAUGUAUUUCUUUGUGGAGAAUUUUCAAUUACACAUUUGAUGGAUUUCCUAAGUGAAUUUUAUCAUCAAAGAAAUGGGAAGCUGAAAAAAGAAGUAGUAUUACUAUGUCCAAAAGCACCAGAUGAUCAAUUAAAGGCAUUGUUAUUACAUCCAUUCUACAAGAAUAGACUAAUCUAUCUUCAAGGAAGUCCACUCUUUGAACAAGAUUUAGAACGUACCAAAUUAUCAAAGGCAGAUGCUUGUUUUAUCUCACUUCCACCUUCAUGGGAGUCGGGAGAUACUGACAAUAUUCUUUGUUCCUAUGCUGUCAAGAGUAUGAACAAGAAUAUCAAGAUUUUCUCUCACCUAGUCACAUCGAAAAACAAAAACAAAGCUCCUUUUUUAAAAGGUACCAUUUGUAUGGAAGAGUUUAGAAGUGCUCUUUUGGCUCAAUCAAUUAUUUGUCCUGGCUACAAUGUUUUAUUUUCAAAUCUUUUCACUUCAAGAAAUAUUCCAAAUAUUGUUUCAGAAAAAUGGUUAACUGAAUAUUAUUACGGAUGUAAUAAUUCAGUUUAUAUAUUAAAAGUACCAGAAUUUUUAGUAGGAGAAACAUUGACAGAUGUUACAUUGUCAAUGUAUUUUGGAAAUGGUAGUUUAUUGAUUGGAUUGUUUGUACCCGAUUGUACUACACCUCCAGGAUGCAGAGGUAAAUUUUAUCUUUAUCCAAACAAUUCAACAGUGAUCCGAAAGGAAAUGAGUAUGGUGGUGAUUUCACAUACCAUUGUACAAUCAAGAGACUUGCAAUCCACCAACGAACAAAACCAACCAUACGACUAUACUUUGGGAAUGUUUGGUUUGGGUAAAAAGGUGACUAGUUUUAUUAGUCGUUUGGCAGUACCAGAUAUCGAACUAUUGAUCAAUGAAGCAGAGGCACCUCAAGAAUCACAAGAUCAAAUUAUGAAUGAAACAUUGAAAACUUUUAUUGGUGCCACCUCUAAACCACUUGCAUUCCUUCCACGUCAAAAUAGUAUGAUUCGUAUGGAUACCUCCGAUCACAUCUCUGAAGAAUUGGAUAAUGAAGGUAUCUUUGAAUAUAAAGAUGAUACAGAUGAAGAAUUAUCUCCAAAAGAUUUGGUUAAAAAUCUUUGUCUUGCUGAAUAUGAAGGUGAUUGGAUUGCACUACUAAGUGAUAUUUCCAAUCAAAAAACUGGUAAUCCAAAUAUUGAAAAAAUACAAGAAAGAAUUAAAUUUAUAAUUGAUAAACAUUCAUUGUUGACAUUUACAUUGCAUGGUAAAUUUGAUAAAAACAAAGAUGGAUCACAAAAAAUGAAAGGACAUAUGUUGAUUGUAUGUCAAACUCUUAAAGGUUUGGAUCUUUUAUUGCAUCAUCUACGUUUACCCUAUGUAACAUCGAUCAAGACCAACAAAUUGGCAAGAACUGGUUUACAACCAAUUGUUGUUUUGUAUCGUGAUGAACCAGAAGAUGGAUGGUUUGAAUCAGUGACAUCGCUGCCAUUGAUUGCUUUUAUCAAAGGUUCUUCAGCCAACCAUUCGGAUCUAGAAAAAUGUGGUACCAAACACGCAGAAACCAUCAUUAUCGCCUCGAAUCCAUACCAAGACGUAGAUAGUGACCAAGUUGACUCUUUUACACUCAUGUCCUACGUAGAUAUUAUGAGAUGUAAUCACAAGGCUACCAUUAUCACCGAAUUACUUCACGAACCAAACAUUCGUUUCCUCGAAGACCGAUCCAUCAAAUGUGCAGGUAGCAACAAAAAGUUCCAAUCCUAUCUACAAGCCAAUCGUGAAAACACAUUCCUCAAACCAGACUUUUUCUCCACCUCUCAUUAUUCAUGUGGUCGUGUAGCCACCUAUGCCGUAUUAAAUAGUCUGGUUGUCCAAUCGCACUUUAACGAAGCCAUUGCCGAUGUGGCCAAUGAACUUGCCUUUGGAGUCAACAAUCUUGCCCAAAAUCAUCAAGUCCUCGGACUCAACCCAAACCUCACCAAUCCCGAUUCCAAAUCAUUCUCAAAGCUCGUCAAACUACCACCCAUCUAUCACGGACGUACCUAUGGAGAAUUACUCAAAGUAUUUUUGCAACAGAAAAACAUCCUCAUUCUCGGUCUCUACCGAUCUUCAAAACCAAUGAACUCCCCAGCUCCCUAUGUCUUUACUUGUCCUCAUCCAACUACUGUAUUACAUGAAGAUGAUCAAAUUUUUACUAUCUCUUCUUUACCCAUUAAUUAA